AUGGGUUUGCGCGAACAAAACGACGGCGUACGGAGGAGGAAGAAGUCAUCGACGAGGGGGCACCACCGGUUCGUGGGGGUGCGGCAGAGGCCGUCCGGGAGGUGGGUCGCAGAGAUCAAGGACUCUCUGCAGAAAGUGAGGCUCUGGCUUGGGACUUUUGACACCGCAGAGGACGCGGCUCGUGCCUAUGAUGAGGCUGCCCGAGCACUCCGCGGUGUCAACGCCCGAACCAAUUUCGAGCUGCCACAGAGUAAUGGGGCCGGAAAUGGUGGCGCGGGCGUGGCGGAGAAUGUGCCUUUUUCGUUUGAGGCGGUGUGUGGGAAUGAGGUGGAAGCUGAGGGGUUGCUGGGUGCACUUAGAGCUAAGCUGCAGGAUGGUAAGGUGAUAAAUUGUGUGCUUCCACAACCACCACAAGGAAAUAGUGGCACUAAAGCGGAGCCGUCUCCGGUUGAUCCACGUGGUGCGGUGGCGGAAUCCGUCAACCUGCCACCACCCCACAAGGACUAUCCAAUUGUAUUAGAUAAUCAGUGGCAACUUCAGGUUCACCCAGCACCAUCAAACCAAACCAUGGUGUGGGCCAACGAGAGCCAAGUAGCAUAUGAGCAAGUGCAUAAUUGGUCCACGUGGCCGAAUAACAGUAUGCCGUAUGUACCAGAACAGUGCUCUAUGGAGCUUCCGUUGCCGGCGGUGGGCACGCAGCUUCUGUCACAGAUUGAUGGUAGUGGUGGUGGCGGCGAUGGUGGUUGGUGUUCAGAUCAGCAGCAGUUUUUGCACUGUGACGGUAGCAACUGGGGAGGAGCUAAUGCCAAUUGGGAUCCUCCUUUUUAUGCUUCCUCUGUGCGGGGUGAUGGGAUCAUAUCAUAUAAUUAA